ACAGGAGAGAGCCGGGCGCACGGAGGGCGCUGCUGGGUGCCACACAGGGAUUGUCCGGGCUACCGCGCCAAGGAAGACACCCACAUCUGAUAAGGACCUGCACCGGGUGCUAUAACUCUGGAGAGGAUUUUGCUCACCCUGCCUGACAUGACAUCAAGUGUGCACCCUCUGAUGAGAUUAGGGGUUCCCUCACCCACCUCCAGAUUCUGUCUCUCAAGAGAAUUCCCUAAAUUGUAAUGGACUGUGGGUCCAGGUUGUGCCCAUUGAGCGUACCACCGGUGUGGAGAGCUGCAUAGGUGGGCUUCAUUCUGGAAAGGGAAGGGGGAUAUUUGCUGGAAGCCCUUAGGUCAAGUUUUUGGGACUUACAGUGCGGAAUACCCCAUCCACCUGGCUCCAGGAAAGUGGUCAGCCUUGACAAGGAGCUCCAGAACCCCCUUAACAAAGAGGAUCUACUAGUUGGGGGGUUACAGCUAAGAGGGUGGCUUCUCUAACUGCAACCAGGAGGAACCUGAAGAAAGGCUUCACUCAUCGGGGAUUACACACCAAAUCCUCUCCCUCUGCUUUAAGGGGGUCAUUUAUUCAGAUUCCGGUUUUUUUUUGGUGGGGGGAAUUAAUCUGCCUUGGAUUAUAACAUUGUCCUGCUAGAAGGAACCAUGAUGAAGCCAUCUUUGGGACAGUUAUUGAAGGCAGGAGGUUUUAGGGUACCCGGAGGAGCCAUGAUCUCCAGUUAUCUUCUGGUCCUUCUCCUGACAUUGUCCUGCAUCUCUCAGGUGGUGGUGGACGCCAGUUCAUGGUGGUCACUAGCCAUGAACCCCGUCCAGCUCCCAGAGGUGUACAUUAUCGGGGCACAGCCUCUCUGCAGCCAGUUAUCGGGGCUCUCGCAGGGGCAAAAGAAGUUGUGCCAGCUCUACCAGGACCACAUGCAGUACAUCGGGGAGGGGGCAAAAACUGGCAUAAAAGAAUGCCAGUACCAGUUCAGACACAGGAGGUGGAACUGCAGCACGGUGGAUAACACUUCAGUGUUUGGCAGAGUCAUGCAGAUAGGGAGCAGAGAGACGGCAUUUACCUAUUCAAUCAGCGCCGCGGGAGUAGUGAACGCUGUGAGCAGGGCGUGCAGAGAAGGGGAGCUCUCGACAUGUGGUUGCAGCAGGGCAGCCCGUCCAAAGGAUCUACCCCGGGAUUGGUUGUGGGGUGGCUGCGGGGAUAAUCUAGACUAUGGCUACAGAUUUGCUAAGGAAUUUGUGGAUGCAAGGGAACGAGAGAAAAUCUACCAAAAAGGAAGCUACGAUAACGCCAGGAUCAUGAUGAACUUACACAACAAUGAAGCCGGAAGGAGGGCAGUAAGUACAUUGGCGGAUGUGGCCUGCAAAUGUCAUGGAGUGUCGGGUUCUUGCAGUCUUAAGACUUGUUGGCUACAACUAGCUGACUUCCGGAAAGUUGGAGACCUAUUGAAGGAGAAGUAUGACAGCGCGGCAGCCAUGAAGCUUAAUAGUCGAGGCAAAUUGGUGCAAGUCAACAACAAAUUCAACUCUCCAACUAUGAGCGAUCUGGUUUACAUCGAUCCAAGUCCGGAUUAUUGUGUACGCAACGAAAGCACUGGGUCUUUAGGAACCAUGGGAAGGCUGUGCAAUAAAACAUCAGAGGGCAUGGACGGCUGUGAGCUUAUGUGCUGUGGUAGAGGAUACGACCAGUUCAAAACAGUACAGACUGAGAGAUGUCACUGCAAGUUUCACUGGUGCUGUUAUGUCAAAUGCAAGAAAUGUACCGAGAUCGUCGAUCAGUUUGUAUGCAAGUAAGACGCGAAAGGAAAUGACUAUGAACGAUAUUGAAUAUCCGCUUUAAUUUAUAGAGGUCACUUAGGAGUUGCAAGCAGAUAGCAACUGGAUCUAUUUUUCUUCAUAUCACGCAGCCUCUCCUUGGAAAAGAACAAGUAAUAAAGAAAAAAAAGAACUGAAAAUAUUUAUUUACAAAAUUAAAGACUUUUUUUUUUAAAAACAAAAAAAGUAUAUAAUUAGAUAACCUAAGACUGAAGCGCUCGGAAUUUAGAGCAUGUAUAGUAGGUUUUAUAUGGAUGAGAGGGGAGCAGACGGAUGAAGACAAGCUGUUUGUGUUUUUUUGUUUUUUUUUAUAUGAAAAAAAAAAAAAAAAAGUUGUGUCUAAUGGUUUAUGGAGAAUUCACUCCAAAAAGUUUCAGUUUGUCAGUUAGAUACGGAGAUUAUGUUGGUCUCUGACAAUUUUUAUUUUCAUAUUCGGAACUACUAUUUGUUGUGUGAUACCUCUGGAGAUGUUGGGAUUGCACUUUGUAUUAUGCCUGAAUUCCUAUAUGUUUAAGUUUUAAAAUAUUCAUACACCUUAACGGACAACAUACCAAUUUAAUUCCGGCAUUUUAAUCGUAUUGACUUAUUCAUCCUACUCGUUAUGCUUUCAUCAUUUCUAAGAAUAUACUGGUUAAUAGGAAAAAUUUGACCAUUUGUUUUUUACAAUUUCACCUUAGAAUCUGCUUUUUCCCCCCCAAAAUUAUUAUAUAUUUUUUUUAUCAUGCUGACCCAGUCACUGGAAGAAAAGAAAAAAAAAUCAUUUCUCAUGCUGUAUUUAGCCAUUUUAAAGUCCUUCGUGAGCGCAGCCUUUUUACUAUUGCAGAGUCAUUAUAUGCAGUUUUUAAGAACAAAUCAUGCCUUUUAUUACUUCUAUACACUAAACUUUUUACAUGCAAUAUGGUUACAUUUAUGGGAAAUUGUGGUCUGCUGUCUUCUAUUUCAAAGCUUUUGUGACUAUAUGUGUAUAUAACCCAAAAUACUGCCAGUAAUUAAAUGUAUGUAUUUAUUACACAUUUACCUAGGCAAUGUUUCCUUAUUUUUUAUUUCAAAUCAAUAGUUUGGGGAAUUUUUUUUAAAGGGAAAAAAAUAUCCUGUUUUUUUGACAUUUUGUAUGAAUACGUUUUACAGAAUCUUAACACUUUGGUAUCAGGUUUUAUAGGCGUUUGUUCAAAGUAGUUUACCACACCUAUUGAUAAAUGGAUUAUGGGCUGUAGGGUAGAAGCGAGAGAGAACAGCACUAAGGGUGGGUUCCACAAGAUAUAAUGCACUUGAAACCAUUUUUUUUGUAUUCCCUUUUGGAAGGGCAUUACAUACCAAAAUAAAGUUUAUUAAUAAAGCCCAAUAAAAAAUCUAUUUUGAUUAAAAUGUAAUAAUUUUUUACAAAAGCAGCAGCAUAUUUUCUUGUAUGUGCCUGUUUUGAUUGAGUGGUUCAGACUUCCAUAUUUUAGUGUAAAAGUAAUUUUUUUGUCUCCAUUUUCUUUUUUUACAGCGGUUCAAAAUGUCUUAAUUUAUUACCCAUUCUUACCAUAGUAUAUGUAGGAAACUACAAUAACAUUAAAAUUCACUAAGCACUAAUGAAGUGGUUUGGAUUUAUAUGCAAAGUCAUAUUUUUAUAUAUAUAUUUUGACUGCAAGAUUUUUUGUUUCUUGAGUAAUUUUUGUUUUUAAAGAACAAACGUUACCAGUCCAGACUAUUCAUUUUUGGAAUUAUUUAAUGUAAAAUAUGUACUUUUCCUUGAGAAAUGUAAAUUCUAUGUUCUAUUUUCCUGUAUAUUGUACAUGUAAUGUACAUAUUUUUGCAGCCCUAUAUGAUUUGUAUAUUUCUCUGGUUUAAAAAAAAAAAAUCAACAAAAGGAACAUGGCAAUCAACUCCACGAAAGACAAAAAUCUAAAAUAAAAAAGAAUUUAAUACUUUUUAUUUUAAAGUGGUUUUGAUUUAACAAUAUAAUAUUGGACCUUACCUUUAAAAAAAAAAAAAAGGCUACACAAGGUUUUUUUUUCUGCAUCUGAAGCAAAGCUAACAUUCUGACUUGAAAGGUCAAGGAACCAAUAUUAUUUCAGAUGUACAUAAUUAAAAUGUUUGUGUAUGAAGUUUGCAUACAUUUUUGCUGCUGUUGGGGGAAUACUCAUCUCUGAAACGGGAUUAUAGCCACUCACUGAUUUAAUAAAAACAUAAGAAUGUAAAGAACUCUGAAAAGGAGAAUAAUGCAUCACAUUGGUAAAGCA